AUGGAUGAUGAAGAAUCACAUAACACUUUCCAGGCAAUGUUUAUCAAUGCUGUUGCGAAUUUAGAACCUUCAUUACAUACAGUGAAACAACGACGUUGGCGUGCCAAUCGCAAAGAUCAACCACAUUUAAUCUCAGCAGCGUUAUCCUCUCAAUCUGUUCAACCAGCUAGUGAACAAGAAUUAUGUUCAUCAUCAAUUAAUGAGAGUUUUAAUCGUGAUGUAUUUAGUCAAAAGGACCAUAAUUACGAUUUUGAUCCAGAUUCAAUUUUUUUUGAAACCAAUGAAUCAAAUAUUCUGGAAGAAUCAAAUUUCGAUGAAGAAUCGGAUGAACCGUUGUAUGAUGGUGCACGUGUUACAGUUAAAUAUUACCACAAACAAAUACUGGAAUUUGGAAAUGGUGCUAAAUUGGACAAUACAAACAUGAACAAGUUAUUAAAAUUGAUUGAAAGUGCUCUACCAUUUCAAAACAAAUUAGUUAAAUCAUGCACCAAAUUGUUUUCUUUUUUUCAAAAAUCAUUAUCAUUCAUCGAAACACUUAGAUGUUCUACUUGUUUGAAUAUUAUUGAUGAAAACAAUUACUGUUCAAUACUUUGUGAACAAAAUGAAGUUCAACGACGAGCUGAUAACUUUGUUGAGCAUGUGUUUAUAGAUCGUUCAAACCAUCAACUAAUUGAAACUAUUCGUCGAAAUAAACAUCUGAUAUUGAAUUAUCCUGAACUUGUUGAUAAAUUAUUACCAUGUGAUGUUUUAACAAGAGUAGUUUAUCAAGAGAAAAGAAAAUGUCUUCUGGCAAUAUCUAAUGAUAUUUAUCCUAUUACAUGUAUGCUUCACGUCGAUGGAGCAUCGAUAUUCCAAUGGAGUAAAAAACAUACGUGGUUAGUGAUGGCAUCCAUUUUGGAAAUUCCACCACCACUUAGAGAAAAUCAACAGAAUAUGUUAUUACUUGCACUGUGGAAUGGACCAAUAAAACCAGAUCCAGAUUUACUAUUAAGAGAGCUCUGUGAUACAUUUAAACAAAUCAUUGUUGUUGAUGGUAUCAAAUUCUCAGUUGACAUACAAUUAUUUAAAGCUGAUUUGCCAGCACGUGCUUUUGCAACUAAACAUGUUAAUCACAAUGCCUAUUAUGCUUGUUUAGAAUGCGAACAAAAAGGUGUAUGGUCUGAAGAAGGACGAAUAGUUAUAUAUCCAUACAGUCAAAUUCCAGCAAAGCUUCGUACACCAACUGAUCUUGAUACUUGUGCUAAAAUAGUUAAUGAUCAAUCUCAUAUCAAUGAUUAUUAUGGUGUUAAAGGUGUUAGUCCAUUGAUCAAAAUCCUCGAUAUACCAACACAAAUCGAUCUCGAUGUUAUGCAUUUAUGUUAUGUUGGUCACUGCUCUUUGUUAUUGUCAAAAUGGGAAAAGCUAAUUGUUAAACAAGCUUGGUUAGCAGGUAAUGAUUUCUUAACAAAGGUCAAAUGGCCGCACAACUUCAAUGUGGAAUUGCGUUCAUUUACUGAUCAACCACCAUUUCCUGUACGUGAUCCACGAUUCGAUGAUCUUCGGUCUGCUAAUCAAUCAUUGUCUUCGAUAUCUGACUCAAUUAUAAGGAAUAGCAAUAGUCAUACAGCAUCAGGUGUAUUAGGAGGUGAGUGUGAUAAAAGACGUCGAGCAACUACAGGUACGAUGGUUGCUCCUUCAAGUGUUCCACUUGCUCGUAAAAGAUUUGAUCCAGUUUUGCAAAGUACAGCAGCAGCACAAAUGAAUAAUCUUGCCGGUGGUGUAACUCCAACUAAUGCAAAAAGAGUGACUGCAGCUACAAAAUCGUUAUCAGAAACAACACAACACAUUUUAACGAUCAAUGAAGCAUUGAAACCAAUGGUGAAAUUCUGUGAAGAAACAAAUCGAUUGAUAAAAGAAUUGGUUAAACAAAGUUCAGAACAAACACGUUUGGUUACAGAACUUGUUAAUUUUCCACGUGAGUUACAAAAAUUAGGUCAACAAUUAUCUCAUGUUCUCCAUAUGCAAGCGAAGGUAUUACAAACACGACAAGACAAUAAUGAUGACGAUGUAACAAUUGAACUGAAUGGUAUCAAUUUACACCAUGUUCCACGUGGUACUUCAUUAAAUGUAACAGCUAGAGCUUUGUUGCGUGCGGCGUAUGGCGAAAAUGCAUCGUAUAAUAGUUUGGCUAAUGGUGAAUUUGACAUAUUACUAGCACACAUACAUGGUCAACAAACUGCAUAUGUAUUUGCCAAUAGCCAGUCGAUAAAAAACUCUUUGCAACAGAUGAAACAUGAUAGCAACAAGAGAAAUUCAUCAAACAGAUCAACAGUUUUAUCAAAACAGAGUACAACAUCGACAAUUCAUGAACCACUAUCAGUUUCAGAUGAUGAUAGUGAUGAAGAUACACGGUGA